AUGCGCCAACACCUCUACUCCACCAUAUCAAGAGGCUGGCCGGUGAGAUCAUCUGGGAAUGAUAAUGAUCAGAAAGAGAAGUCAGAACCUCUUUCUAUGACGAUCAGAGCCGAUGACAUUUAUCUACAAUAUUCAAGCGACGAAGAUCCAAAGAAGCUGUUCGAAAAAGCUUCAAACUGGCUUCUAGCAAUACAAGAGAAUUCAGCAGAGAACGAUCGUGCAGAUACGAUACUCAAAGAGACACACGAAGCGAUAAUUCGUGCUAUCUUUGGCUCUAACAUGAUUGAGAGAGCUGGUCUUGGCUGGGAUAUCACAGUUCACCUCUGCCGAAAGAUCUUCUCCGGCGAAGAUGUCACCGACAUUCCUGAGCGUACUCCUGAGUACGAAAGUGAAUUGCUGGAGAUGUAUCGAAAAGAAGGCAAUCUCAAGGACAUGCCGGCGCAGUAUGUUCUCCGCGGACGAAGAGAAAUCAUUCAGCACGCGCGCGCUUUUCAAUACCUCAUACAUACAUUUGUCGUAUUGCGAGAAGAUCUCACCGAGGAGAUCAUCAAAGAAACACAUCGAAUCCUCACCAAGGGUAUCCCAAUCGUCGAAGAGGGCAUGGAUGACGUUGCACCUGAGAAAUAUGGUGGCAUCUAUCGGGAUGUUGCAGUUGGAGCUGGCUCGACAAUGUUCACAGUUCCUCAAUUCGUGCCGCGCAAGAUGAAAGAGUUCUGCGAGAAACUCAAGGAAGAUAUCUCACUCGCCGAAACACGAGGCUUCAUCGACCCGUUCUCUAUAGCUUCAAAGUACUCACUGGAAUUUGUCCAAAUUCACCCAUUCCGAGAUGGCAAUGGCAGAACUUGCCGUAUGAUACUCAAUGCAAUUCUCUGCAGAUAUGCAGGUAUCAUUGUUCCCAUCGGCGAGCAAGGAGAAGAGAGGAGCGAGUAUAUGGCGAUAAAGCGAAAUGCGAGCGAAAACAUGGAUGGACAUGGCCCAUACGCUCUUUUCGUGCUUACCAGAGCCGUUACACGCCUGCGAGAACUGAAGAAGAAGAUGGCUGGUAAAGGAAGAAGAAAAUGA